AUGGCGGCGUCGGACGAGAACACACCACUACUGGCCAAUGGCCACGCCAAUGUCACUACUGGUGACAGCGCUGCCGCACGCGAUGGCCAACCUGCUCCUCUAAUCAACAAGGCCAGCAGUGAAUCCCGACUGCCCCGUCGCUGGCAGCGCGUUCUCACGCCAGAGCUGAGCUUGCUAAUUGCUGGGUUCUUGAUCACGACGGCUCUGUGCUUCACGCAGGUUCCCAUCCUCUACGCCUUUCGCAAGAUGGAGUGCGAGGAGUUCUACAAGCACGCGCCUCCGUAUGAGGGGGUAGGUGAUCGUUGCAACGAGUACCAGAUUGACUCGGGCACCGCUCUGCAAAUGAUGAUCCUCGGCCUGUCGAACAUCGUUUGCGGUGUUAUCAACCUCUUCCUCACGGGAAUGUACAUCAGACGGCGGGGCCCUCACUUUGCGCUGAUGCUCAACACCUUCUUCCCCAUCCUGCGUGUGACAAUGCAGGCAAUCGGUGUCGGUGUCGGCUUCAGGACCGGCAUCGUCUUGGUGCAGGUGAGCCAGGUCAUGGCCAUCGUCGGUGGCCCUGCCGGCUAUCUGCUCGUGCUAAACACCGCCAUCGCCGAGGUCGUGGAGCCGUCUCAGCGUACCGGAGCCUUUGGCAAGUUGCAAGGCGCUGCCAUGUUCGGUACAGCAGUGGGAUACCUGCAGGGCGGCAUUGUCGGCGAGAUGACAGCCAUUAUACGGCCGUUUGAGAUCACAGCUGGGAUGCUGGCCUUGAGCUGCAUCUACUGUUUCUUCUGCACCCCUUAUAUCGACCCGAAGACUCUCGGUGCUGGGGAUCAGAAAAAGCCCAGCUCUGUAAAGAAAGGAAAGUCCCCUUUCGCCGUGUUAGGGCCACAAAUGCGACGGCUGAGGGACGGGUCACUAGUCAAGUUCUACAGCGUACCGAUCCUCGCAUUGGGGGUGUUUGUUGCAGUUCUGGCUGUGGGAUACGGGCCAAUUCUGACGCAGAUGUAUGCCCUCACAGUCCUCAAUUUCGCACCCAAGGAGAACAGCUUCUUCAUGUUCUUGACCGCCUCGGUCAGAGGUUUGUUUUUGAUGUUUGCCUUCCCGCGUAUUAUCACAUGGGGCCGGAAGUGGCAGGCACCAAAGAAGGAUGCGAAGCAGCCUGAUCCAGUCUUGGUCGAGAGUAUCCCUACGGAGCCGCAAGACAUGGAUCCGGUCAGCGCUCUUCCGGAGCAGGAGCCCGUGAAUCCGCCCAAGCCAGUGGAUGAAGACGCUGGCGCAGCGUUCGACCUUUGGUUCCUCCGGGUCAGCAUGCUUGGUGACGCGUUACUCACCGGAUGUAUUGGCUUUGCGAGCCAAUCGUGGCACAUAUAUCUUGCCGGAUUCCUUCUUCCACUGUUUUCGGGAUCCGACGCUGCGAGUAAAGGAGUUUUUACGGAGAUGGUACCACCAGCCCAGCGCCCUGAAGUAUUGCAGGCCAUCAGCCUCGUGGGCUCUAUAGCUGCUCUGAGCACAGUUGGCAUCUUCGGGCUGGUUUUCUCUGCAUUUGCCGCCGUUGGAAAAGCCAACCUGUCGUUUUUCGUCAUUGCGGCUGUUGCUGUUUUUGCGAUCAUCAUACUCCUGUUCGUGAAAAUACCACCUCAGGGUAGCGUGGUUGAAAGCGACGAUGAGGAGGCAGAAGUACAGGAAUAG